AUGGGCUCGUUCGGUGAGGUUACGGAGCUCGGUCACGGCUUCAAAGCUCAAUUCUUGUUUGAUCCCAAAUAUACCAACUUGAAUCAUGGGUCAUUCGGUAGCUACUCGCUACCUGUCCGCAAUGCGCUACGAGGGUAUCAGAAAUUGGCCGAGGCAGCUCCGGAUAAAUUCCUGCGAUACCAAUAUAUUGAUCUCCUGGAUAAGUCGAGGGAGCGGAUAGCAAAGCUCCUCAACGUCCCCCCGGACGAGUGUGUUUUUGUGCAGAAUGCCACUUCCGGUGUCAACACGGUGUUGCGCAAUCUCCAGUACAAGGAGAAGGACUGCAUCAUCUAUUUCGAUACUAUCUACGGAGCCAUUGAAAAGACACUGGCUUCCAUUGUCGAGACGAACCCGCAACUCCAACUUCGCAAGGUCGGACAUGGACAAGACUUUGCCUACUCACUACCAUGCACGCAUUCCGAGAUCCUUAAUGCUCUGUCACAGACGAUCUCGCGAGUCCUGUACGAUGGGCUGAACCCCAAGGUUUGUGUUUUUGAGACCAUAGUGUCCUUGCCGGGGGUGCGGUUCCCUUUCGAAAGGAUCACCAGAAUGUGCAAAGAAUAUGGUAUUCUCAGUUUGAUCGACGGGGCCCACGGGGUUGGUCAGAUACCCCUGAAUCUGGCCCAGCUCGACGCCGACUUUUUUGUCAGCAACUGCCACAAAUGGCUAUACACUCCACGAGGCUGCGCCGUUUUCCACGUGCCGAAGCGUAAUCAACACCUCAUUCGAACCACCUUUCCGACCUCACAUGGCUUUGUGCCUCAAUCAUCAUCGUCAAUUAGGAAUCCCCUUCCACCGACCGAUAAGUCAGACUUUAUCAAUCUAUUUCAAUUUGUUGCUACUGCAGACAACACCCCUUACUAUUGUGUCCCAGCAGCCCUCAACUUCCGACAAAACCUAUGCGGCGGUGAGGAAGCCAUCUACAACUACAUCAGGGACAUUGCUCAAAGGGGUGCCGACCUCCUUGCCAUGCUUCUCGGGACUGAAGUUAUGGACGACUUGGACGCGGGCUACGGAUUGCGAACGAUGGGAAGCUACGAAGCAAGUGAUAAACGCGACGGAGGACGUAUAGGUUGGGCUGGUGGUCUCCGGGACUGUGCCAUGGCCAACGUGCUCCUGCCAAUCACGAUCAUCGGCGGACAUUCCAGGGGAAGUCUCAGUAUGGGACCUGGUGGAGCCGGGAGUGCAGGGGGGCUGUCUCCCGCUUUUCGCCAGUCGUCGUACGGGUUCCCCAGUGCUAGUGUUGCGGCGCAGCUUCGAUCAUCUUCUGCCGGCUCAGGAGGGAAUCUAGGCGAACCCAGACGUUCCAAUUCACCCCUCAAUUCUCCGAGUCUGUAUUCUGCAGGUCCGAUCAUCAUCCAGGAAGCAGACGUGGCCACGCAUGUCGCCUGGAUGGAAAAGACCCUGGUGGACGAAUACAACACGUUCGUCGCCAUCUACGAAUACGACGGCAAACUCUGGACACGAAUUUCGGGCCAGAUCUACCUAGAACUCAAAGACUUCGAGUGGCUAGGAGGCGUGCUCAAAACGCUGUGCGAACGAGUCCGGAGUGGAGAGUCCUUGCGGGGGAGGCAAAGGUCACCGGGGCGGUCCCCAGGGAUUGAAAAGGCGGAUUUCGAAGCGUUGACCUUGAAGUCCCCUUUUGCAUCGCGGCAAAACACUGGUGAGGUGCUUAAGAGGUUCGAUGUCACCCAGGGAGGAUGGGUCGACGCAUGA